ACAAAAAGAAAAAUGUCUGAUCAUCUUCCUCAAGAAUUGCUCGCAGAAAUUUUGUCAAGAUUGCCGGUGAAAUCAAUCCUCAUAUGCAGAUGCGUUUCCAAAACUUGGUACUCUUUAAUCACCAACCCUUCUUUCAUAGACGACCACCUCAAGAAAACCGCUGCAAGAAACAGUGGCCUACUUUUCUUUAGGUACAGCACCAGAGAACUUGUUUGGCCAUUUAAAGAAAAUGUGCGUUAUUUGCUAUACCCAGAUAAGUCUUUCCCUGCAAACCCUGUUGAAGAACUUGAUUGCCCAUUUAAAGGCGUAAAGCGUAUAGUUAAUAUAGUGGGUUCUUGUAAUGGGGUCUUUUGUCUAUCUGAUGAUGUUUAUGGCAAAUACACUGAGAGAGCUGCUUUAUGGAACCCUAGUGUUAGAAAGAUUGUUAACAUUCCUUGUCCAAAUUUUACGUUUACCUCAUAUGGACCCUAUAUACACUCACUUGGGUUUGGCUUUGAUUCCACUACUGAUGAUUAUAAGCUUGUGAGAAUAGCGUACUCGCAUUUUAACUUUGGUGAGAUUCGGCCUUUUGUUGAGAUUUACAGUUUGAGAAGUAGGGGUUGGAGAAAGGUUAAUAAUAAUCUGAAAUAUGUCAUGCUCGAGGGCUCAACGUCCGCUUUUCUGAAUGGAGCUUGUCAUUGGGUUGCCAUUAAGGAGGAUGGUAUAAGCGAAGUGAUUGUGUCCUUUGCUUUGGGAGAAGAGGUGUUUGGAGAAAUGGAGGUACCAGAUUGUUUGGUUAAGAAAUAUAUCUUUAUGGAUAUUGCUGUGUUUGAUGGAUCACUUUUGCUGGUUCCUUUUAUGAAAUUUACUACGGAAAGGUGUUUUUCAGUUUGGAUGAUGAAAAAAUAUGGUGUUCCAGGAUCUUGGACCAAACUUUUCAAUAUUUCACAUUCGGAAGGGAUACGAAGGUUAGUUGCAUUUAGGCAAAAUGGUAAGGUUCUAUUGGCAAAAGAGGAUGGAGAGCUAGUUUUCUAUGAUCCAAAGACAGAAGAAAUCUCGGCUACAGAAAUUUUGGGCAAUACACGCUCCUUUUAUUUGGACACUUUAGUGGAGAGUCUUGUUUUACUCGAUGAAGCAAAUGAAUUUGCAGAGGAGGAAGCUUCUGAGGAUGAUGGCACAAAUGGAGUUUCAAAGGAGCCUUCUUCUUCUCCUGAUGGCGUAGACAAGGACUUGCAGAAGAUCAGUGAAGGGAAGAAGAAUGCCAACAGUCCUAUGAUACUGAACGAAGCAAAUGAAAUCUUCGAGGAGGUUGCACCUAGUUCUAAUUCAACGAUUGAUAAAGCAAAUGAAGAAUCAAAUUUGAGAAGUAGGGUUUGGAGAAAGGUUGAUAAUAAUGAUCUGAAAUAUGUCAUCGCUGAUUUCUCAACGUCUGCUUUUCUGAAUGGAACUUGUCAUUGGGUUGCCACUAAGCCACCUAAUGGGCCUGGUGCAUGCGAUGCGAUUGUGUCGUUUUCCUUGGGAGAAGAGGUGUUUGGAGAAAUGGAGGUACCAGAUUGUUUGGUUAAGAAAUACCAGUUUGUGGAUGUUGCAGUUUUUGAUGGAUCACUUCUGCUGGCUGCAUCUUUUAAAUUUUCUGGGGAAGGCUGUUUUACAGUUUGGAUGAUGAAAGAAUAUGGUGUUCCAGGAUCUUGGACCAAACUUUUCGAUAUUCCUGAUUUUGAAUCACAUUUGAAAUGGAUACGAAAGUUAGUUGCAUUUAGGCAAAGUGUGUACUCGCAUUUUAACUUUGGUGAGAUUCGGCCUUUUGUUGAGAUUUACAGUUUGAGAAGUAGGGGUUGGAGAAAGGUUGAUAAUAAUCUGAAAUAUGUCAUCACUGCGCGCUCAACGUCCGCUUUUCUGAACGGAGCUUGUCAUUGGGUUGCCAAUAAGCGAUUUUAUGGGCCUGGUGUAUGCGAUGCGAUUGUGUCGUUUUCCUUGGGAGAAGAGGCGUUUGGAGAAAUGGAGGUACCAGAUUGUUUGGUUAAGAAAUACCAGUUUGUGGAUGUUGCAGUUUUUGAUGGAUCACUUCUGCUGGUUGCAUCUUUUAAACUGACUGGGGAAGGCUGUUUUACAGUUUGGAUGAUGAAAGAAUAUGGUGUUCCAGGAUCUUGGACCAGACUUUUCGAUAUUCCUGAUUUUAAAUCACAUUUGAAAUGGAUAAGAAAGUUAGUUGCAUUUAGGCAAAGUGGUAAGGUUCUAUUGGCAAAAUUAUUUGGACAGCUAGUUUGCUAUGAUCCAAAGACAGAAGAAAUCUUUGAUACAAAAAUUCGGGGCAAUGCAAACUCCUUUUAUUUGGAUAUUUUUGCGGAGAGUCUUGUUUUACUCAAUGAAACAGAUGAAUUUACAGAAGUGGAAGCUUCUGAGGAUAAUGGCACAAGUGAAAUCUUGGAGGAGGUCGCUUCUAGUUCUAAUUCAUAG